UUGAAGACGGAACUCCCGCAUCUGAAAGAUGAAUUGAUGAAGGUUCUGCGGUCAAACCAUUUGCUUUUACUUUUUAAAGUAGCGUUACUUUACUUAGCCGAGAGGCAGAAGACCAGAGCCCUUGGUGAACGCGGGAGAACAUUGGGGUGUGUGUGGGAAUACACAAAUAUCGGGACUUUCAUCUGUUUUGUCACGGCUCAGAUCUUUGGCAAUGAUGGCUUUCCAAGAGUUUACAUCGACAGCUGUGCAGCUGUUUGACAAGUGGAUGGAAAGUUCAGACCCACGGACAAAAGGCUGGCUGCUCAUGUCCAACCCAAUCCCACAAAUGCUUAUCAUUGUAUUUUACAUCUAUUUUGUGAUCUCACUGGGGCCCAAGAUAAUGGAGAACCGGAAACCAUUUGAUCUGAAGCGGGUCCUCAUCGUUUAUAACAUCUUUGUUGUGUCUUUGUCCGUUUACAUGUGCUAUGAGUUUUUGAUGGCAGGCUGGGGAACGGGGUAUACAUUUGGCUGUGAUCUGGUAGACUACUCUCAAUCGCCAAAAGCUAUGCGGAUGGCAUCAGUUUGCUGGCUCUAUUACUUCUCCAAGUUCAUUGAAAUGUUGGACACAGUUUUCUUUGUGCUGAGGAAAAAGCCCAAACAGAUCACGUUUCUGCAUGUAUUCCAUCAUUCCAUCAUGCCAUUUACUUGGUGGUUUGGAGUGCGGUUUUCUCCAGGUGGCUUGGGCACAUUUCAUGCUCUUCUAAACUGCAUUGUUCAUGUCAUCAUGUAUACAUACUAUUUGCUGUCAGCUCUGGGCCCUUCCUUUCAGAGAUUUUUGUGGUGGAAGAAGCAUCUGACUUCCUUACAGCUGAUCCAGUUUGUCCUCGUAACCGUUCACAUCAGCCAGUACUUCUUCAUGAAAGACUGUCCUUACCCCUAUCCUCUAUUCAUGUACAUCAUUGCUCUGUAUGGCAUCAUCUUCCUCCUCCUCUUCCUCAAUUUCUGGCACCAUGCAUACACAAAAGGCAAGCGGCUUCCUAAAAUCCUGCAAAAGACAAUCAGUCCAAAGAACAACAAUGACAUACACCAUAAGAAAGAGUAAACUGAUGCAGCACCACAAACAAAACUAGAUGCGACAAUCAGCCUUUUGGCUUCAUUUUUAUAAUAUUUAUAUAAUGUUUAUCACGAGAAGAAGGUUACUCUGCCGACUGCGUUUCGGUCUGGCUUGAAUUUUGCCUUUUGCCCUCAUCUGGGCAUUUGUGUUGAACUCUGUCAUUGCCUCGAGGGCUCCUGUUUCUACUCAUUUUCCUCAUUGUUUUCUGCAUACUGACCCUGAUUAUUGAGACAUGAAUGAGUCCGAAGCCUCUCAGCUCCUUUCAGUCUCGCCUUUAUUGCCAUUUUAGACACUUUUUUUUUUUUGUUGUAUAUUUGGAUGUUUGUGUCCCCAUUUUUGACUGCAUCUGCAAACAAGACGACGAAGUGUUGGUCAUUUUCUUUUCCUAUGUAAAAAAAGAGAGAAAAAGUAGUGUUGGGGAAAUUCUACCUUGUACAACCAGGUGAUGUGUCUCCAUCAUGCAUAUUUUUGUCUGCCUUUCAACAUCCUGAAAAAAGUGAAUGUCCUUUAAGGAGCCGAUGCAUUGAUCUCAUCUUGCACUAUUGGUGAAAGAGGACAGGAAUGUGGUUGUUUUAGAUUGUGUAUCAUUCCAUUAUGAAUGUCUUGGGCUGUUUUGUCCCAGACAGGAUCUUGCAAUUGUUUUGUAAAAUGAAAUUCAUUGUUAACAUACCAUUUUUAAAUAUUUAUGAUGAAAUAAAUAAAUGCUUUAUUCACUUA